GCGAGUUCAAGCGUUGUUUUUUCUUUGCGCAAUCGCUCUUCGGUUGGGCCCCGUUUCGCGAAGUCGAAAGAGGGGUAAUAGCGUAAUCGACAGGUUGCUGUGAAUGUGGAAGCAUUUGAAAAUUCGGAAGACACUGGUUUGAUAUGGGAAACGCAUGCCAGAGAUCCCGGAAAUGGCAACCGGAACCGGUAGCUGAUCUUGCCUUAAUUGGGCUAGCUGUAAUGGGACAAAACCUGAUUCUAAAUAUGAAUGAUCAUGGAUUUGUGGUUUGUGCUUAUAAUAGAACUGUAGAUAAAGUCGACAAAUUCCUUAACAACGAAGCCAAAGGGACCAAAGUCAUUGGUGCACGCUCUUUAGAAGAAAUGGUGGCCAAAUUAAAGAAACCAAGAAGAGUCAUGCUUCUCGUAAAAGCUGGAGAUGCAGUUGAUAAUUUCAUCAACCAACUUGUUCCUCUCCUGGAAUCUGGAGAUAUUAUCAUAGAUGGGGGAAACUCGGAAUACACAGAUUCUAAUAGACGAUGCAGAAUGUUAAAAGAAAAAGGCUUGUUGUUUGUUGGAUCUGGUGUUAGUGGAGGGGAAGAAGGUGCUCGAUAUGGGCCAUCAUUAAUGCCCGGUGGUGCAUAUGAAGCAUGGCCUCAUAUCAAAAAUAUUUUUCAAAGUGUAUCUGCCAAAGUGGAUGGAGAACCUUGCUGUGACUGGGUUGGAGAUGAAGGAUCUGGUCAUUUUGUAAAAAUGGUUCACAAUGGCAUUGAAUAUGGUGAUAUGCAACUUAUUUGUGAAGCUUACCAUUUACUAAAAGAUUCCUUAGGACUUGAUCAUGAUGAAAUGAGCCAGAUCUUUGCUGAUUGGAAUAGAGGAGAAUUAGAUUCAUUCCUGAUUGAAAUUACCAGUAAUAUUCUUAAAUAUAAGGAUGAUGGACAGCCAUUAGUUACAAAAAUAAGAGAUUCAGCUGGACAGAAAGGAACUGGUAAAUGGACAGCUAUUUCUGCAUUAGAAUAUGGCAUGCCAGUAACACUUAUAGGAGAAGCUGUUUUUGCAAGAUGUUUGUCAUCUUUAAAAGAUGACAGAGUCAAAGCCAGCAAAUAUUUAAAAGGGCCAUCUGGUCUUCGCUAUCAGGGAAAUAAAAAAGAAUUUGUUGAACACAUAAGAAAGGCUUUGUAUGCAUCAAAGAUUGUAUCUUAUGCCCAAGGUUUCAUGUUACUCAGAGAAGCUGCCAAAGAGUUUAAUUGGAAGUUGAAUUAUGGCUCUAUUGCCCUUAUGUGGAGAGGUGGCUGCAUCAUUAGAAGUGCCUUUCUUGGCAACAUCAAAACUGCAUUUGAUAAAAACCCAGAUUUAAGCAAUCUUUUGAUGGAUCAGUUCUUCUGUGAUGCUAUCGACAAUUGCCAAGAGUCAUGGAGACACGUUUUAGCAACUGCUGUUACAUUGGGAAUUCCUACUCCAGCAUUUAGUACUGCUCUGGCAUUCUAUGAUGGUUUUCGAUCAGAAGUGUUGCCUGCUAAUCUUAUUCAGGCCCAGCGAGAUUAUUUUGGAGCCCAUACUUAUGAAUUACUCAGUGAACCUGGGAAAUUUAUUCACACCAACUGGACUGGACAUGGUGGCAAUGUAUCAUCUACCACAUACAAUGCUUAAAAUAUGUUUUGAAUUUAAAUAUAUUUUCAAAAACUGUUGCUAGUAUGUGAUGUAUAUAUGUUCAUCAAUGUUAAUCUUUUUAUACUUUAAAAUAUUGUUGCAUAUUUUUUAUUGAAUCAGAAUUUCUGAAAUUGUUGUACUUUCAAAGAUAUAAACUAUUUUUUUUCAUUCAUACAUGUUUCCAAAAUAUUUUCCUCUCCCUAGUUUAUAUUGUUGUGGCCUUACAACUAAAAAAAAAGCGUUUUUACUUUUAGUAUUUUAUAGUCUUAAAUGAACAAAUUGAAUUUGUUACUUCUGAUAUCACUUUUUACUUUAACUAUUAAUCUCUGUAAAGCACAUUUACUAUUGACAAGUAUUAUUCCGAAAAGUCCUUUAUUCUAAUUGUUUUUGAAGUACUCUUUCAAUUUAAUUAUUAGUAUAUAAAGCAAACGAGUACUUUUGUGAUCAAAUUGUGUUAUAUUUUUGAAAAUGAUUUUGCCAAAUGUUUGAAUGUUAUAAUAAAAGAAAGAAUCCACCAUGA